AGUCCUGCACAGGUGUACUGGCUCCGCCCCUCCAGUCCUGCACAGGUGUACUGGCUCCGCCCCUCCAGUCCUGCACAGGUGUACCGGCUCCGCCCCUCCAGUCCUGCACAGGUGUACCGGCUCCGCCCCUCUAGUCCUGCACAGGUGUACCGGCUCCUCCCCUUCAGUCUUGCACAGGUGUACCGGUUCCGCCCCUUCAGUCUUGCACAGGUGUACCGGCUCCGCCCCUCCAGUCCUGCACAGGUGUACUGGCUCCGCCCCUCCAGUCCUGCACAGGUGUACCGGCUCCGCCCCUCCAGUCCUGCACAGGUGUACCGGCUCCGCCCCUCCAGUCCUGCACAGGUGUACCGGCUCCGCCCCUCCAGUCCUGCACAGGUGUACCGGCUCCGCCCCUCCAGUCCUGCACAGGUGUACCGGCUCCGCCCCUCCAGUCCUGCACAGGUGUACCGGCUCCGCCCCUCCAGUCCUGCACAGGUGUACCGGCUCCUCCCCUUCAGUCUUGCACAGGUGUACUGGUUCCGCCCCUUCAGUCUUGCACAGGUGAACCGGCUCUUCCCCUCCAGGUACGGGGCCAGUUUGUAGUCUCCCCCCCCCCCCCACCCCUGGUCUCUGGGGUCCUGUAGCCCCUCCAGGUAUGGGGCCAGUUUGUAGUCUCCCUCCCCCCCCCUCCAGGUCUCUGGGGUCCUGUAGCCCCUCCAGGUAUGGGGCCAGUUUGUUGUCUCCCCCCCCCACCCCUGAUCUCUGGGGUCCUGUAGCCGCUCCAACCCCUCCAG